CGAUAGGACGCGAGUGGUAUUUCCCCCCUCACUUUGACGACGCGCACAGACCCACGCGUCACACCGUCCGAUCAAGCAAGCGCGGGUUGUUGGAUUGUAAUUUUAGUGGAAACCUGUCGGCGUGUUUUGAGCCAGGUGAAUAUCGCCUCAACUACCAGGAUUUUUACAUUUCAAGUGCCCCAAAGACAGAACUUUUAACAAUUUUUUUUUACAUCUAUAGUUCUAGGAUUAAGAAUUAAGCAAAGAUGUCUACUAAAUUAAACGGACACUCUAAUGGGAUGAAUGGGUACAGCAACCAUUCUAUUAAAACUGCCACUAACGGCUUCCAUGAAAAAACAAUGAACGGCGAUUGCCACUCAGAGAAAAAAGAACCCCAUCGGGUUUUAAAAAUACCUAAGGAGCCUUUUAAAUUAUUCGGUAGUUUUAUUACCCUCAAAACAAAAAUAAGCAUGGAUGACGAUGAAUGGAUGUACACAGGGGAGCCCCACACUGGCAGAAGGAAGGAGAUUCUCGACAAACACCCGGAAAUCAAAGAACUGAUGGGACCCGACAUGUGGAUUGUCGUGCCGACCACGCUGUCUGUUAUUUCACAGUUUAUCCUUUGCUGGCUAAUAAAAGACAGCUCCUGGCCAUUUAUUAUCUUUAUGGCCUACUGUAUAGGCGGUGUGUUUAACCAUUCACUGGGCUCAGCCAUUCAUGAAAUCGGACACAACCUGGCUUUCGGGCACGGAAAAUAUGCAUGGAUGAACCGGGUUCUUAGCUUAAUGUGCAACCUCCCCCUCGGUGUCCCGAUGGCCAUCACCUACAAAAAAUACCACGCCGACCACCACCGGUAUCUGGGAGAAGAGUACCAGGAUGUGGACAUCCCAACCAGAUUGGAGUCCUGGCUUUUCAAACGUCCACUCACAAAGGUGAUUUGGCUCCUAUUGCAUCCUAUUCUCCAUUCCAUCCGUCCUUUUUACAAAAGCCCCAAACCUUUAACCGGCUGGGAGAUGAUCAAUACGCUAGUCCAGUUCUCCUACGACCUGCUAAUUUUUCAACUGUUUGGCAUCAAGCCCGUUGUGUACAUGGUCGCUGGUACUCUCUUGGCCCUUGGGCUACACCCCCUCGCAGGCCAUUUUAUUUCCGAGCAUUACAUGUUCACCAAAGGCCAGGCCACCCAUUCCUAUUAUGGGCCAUUGAACUUUAUCCUCUACAAUGUCGGGUACCACAACGAGCAUCACGACUUCCCUUACAUUCCAUACACCCGUCUAGCUGAACUGAAGCGGAUCGCCCCGGAGUAUUACGACAACCUGCCUUACCACACCUCGUGGAUCAAAGUCGUGUGGGAUUUUAUUUUUGACAGACACAUGGGUCCUCAUGCCCAUGGCGUAGGAUACAUAAAGAGCAACACUUCGACAAAAUCCGCGUAGAGAUAAAAUAAUUUAGGCUUAUAUUAUCGCUAAAAUGAUUCAUAGUUUAUCUAAACGUUUUCUACACGUCAAGAGUGAUCCUUGAUUAAGGCUAACCGUAGAAUAGCGUGCAGCAUAAAAUAGAGACUAACUGUAGCAUAGUAUGCAGCGUCAAGUAAAGGCCGAGUUUAAGUACUUUUUUUUUUCUUAACUCCUAUGCAGAUUUCAGUAAAAUCUAUAAAUCUAUCGAACGGCCUACUUUCUUACGUCUUCAGUCACGGGUUUGAAAAACAAAAACAAAAAAUGUGACAGUAGCUGUUGUCAGAGAAAUAAGGCGAACAUUUCCAACAGUUUAUCUUAUGAAAAUUAUGUUUUAGGGUGCUAAAGCUAAGGACUUUUUGUAGUGGGAAGGUAAUAAAUACCAAAAUUAUGCGUGACACUAAGUUUAAAACAAUACAUUUUCGAUUCAUUUUCAUAAUUCAGUGGGGUACAAAUUUUAGGCAAAUACUGAAAACCCUUUAGUUUUGGAGAUGUAAGCUAACAAAUAGUGACGAACACGAAUUUCCACUUAACGAACGAGGUUGUAAAUUAAAUAGCAUCGCCAAAUACGAGUCUAAAAUUUCUCAUUGCUUUUUAAAGCACAUAUCAAAAUACUUUAGACAUUCUGACCAAUAGUGAACAUUAAAAAAUCAGAUAAGGAGUUGUCGCCAAGUUGUAAAAAUGAUUAACAUGCAUUAGAAAUCCCGCCUUGAUUUUGUAAUUAAUAUAUAGUUUAGCAUUCCAUGUUCUAUGUCUAUACCUGUUUUAAUGCAAUUUUUUUGAUUAUUUACUAUACACUAAUUUCUGUUUUUGGUAUAUAUAUAUAUAUAUAUAUAUAUAUAUAUAUAUAUAUAUAUAUAUUCACUUGUUUUUUUAUGACUAUCAGAGAUUUUGAUAAAUAAAUAUCAACUGUAAAAUAGGCUAGUCUGACCAUCUGUGACAAGCCAUGACUUAUUCCAAUGGCUACCACCAUGAUGUAAAAAACAAAUUCUAUACAAAAACAAACUCUAUUUUAUUGUUUGUUUAUAUACUUUACACUUUAUUAAAUGAUUGCCUUGUCUUAUUGUUUUUUUAAAUAAUUGCCUUGUGCAGUACAUAUUUAAAGAUUUCCACAUUCCACGCGAAGCAUUUGUGAUUAUUUAUUCCUGUUUUUUUUUGUUUUGUUUUGUAAACUAACGUUCUAAUUGUUCACUAACAGAAGUCGCACCCUAGGGUUCCAUUUGUUAAAAAAUGGCCACGGCCUAGUCAGAAGUUAAGAUACGUUUACCAAAGCAUCUGUUACAUAGACUAAUUGUUUUAAAAAUGUUUAAUUUAGAGUUUUUAUAUAUAGUACUGAUAUAUUAUAUAGAUGAUGUAUCAUUUUACCCACCAAGACCCAUUUGACGAUGUAAAGUAUUUAACCCCCCCCCCUUCCCUUUACCACAUAUCUGGGAACUACCCCUUACCAUCCAAGUUUCAGAUCGCAAAUAUAUAUAUUUUUUACAAUAAAAUAAGCAUUAUCUGAAUUAUUUCCGUUUAUAUAGAGAAGAUUGUUUAUUAAGUCUUUCAUUAUAUUGCGGUAAAAUUUAGAAAAAAAAAAGAGAACCGUUUACCAUAGCUGCUCUUUAUAUCCUGCUAACAACACACUUACCUUUAAAAGCUAAAAGCCGACAUAAAAUGCAUGAUCCAAAGUGCAUUUGGGGGUCAGAAAUUAAACGAUAAUUUUAAAAAAUGAGAACAGUUAAUGAACGUUAACAAUUUUAAUCAAAUUAAACUAAUCAAGCAACUGAGAUCAAAGGGGAGGGGGUAAUUGAAAAUGUAAAAAAAAAAAAAGCUUGACGUCUGUUUUUAGGAAGUGUGUCAUCGAAAUUCGGUGUUCAAUGUUGUACUUGGACAUUGACCUAUAGCUAUAUUUAGAUGCCUUAGGUCAACUGUCGAACAUACCCUCCCUUUUAUACCUUUAAACCUAGAGCCUCAAUGAUAGACAUAGGCGACGCCCAACACUAGCUACUAAGUUAGGUCUGCACGCCGACUGCAAGCAACGUAAGUUGUCUGGACCACAAAGUCUACAUACAAUCUUUGUUAAAGUUCCCAUGUCCAAAGUUAGUUAAGUGUAGACACAUUUAGGUAUCAGUUUUUUAAAUAAUGAUAUAAAUUAACAUGCACAUAGAGAGAACAUUUUUAUUUUUCUUACGUAAAUAAAAAUGAUUUUUAUACAAAUAUUUCUUUACAUAUUUUGUGAAUCUAUAACACUGGUGUUUGUUUUUGAAAGUUUAAUUUACAAAUACUUUUUUUUAAAUCCAAAUAAAACUGUCAAUAUAUUAUUCUCAGAAAUAUGAUGAUGUUUUUCCAAUUCAAAAAAAAUGUCUGCCUUCUUCAUGAGAAUAUGAAUUGCUGGUUAUGAAAUAAAUAUAAUUUGCUUGUAAAUUUG